GGGCGGGAGCGGGGCAGCCAGAGCCGCUGCGGGAGGCGAGGAGGAAGCUGCGCGUCUUGGGAGGCGUGCGGGACACGUACCGGCGGACUAUCGGCCACUGGGAACUGCGGGACCCCGGGCGAGAAAUCUGCCGGCUUUUGUGGGACCGCUCCUGGGCUACCGAAUGCCAGCUUACUUCGUGUGCAUUUGGGGCAGGUGACAGCACCGUGAUCUAUCACCAUGGAUGGAGAUGGACUUUUUGAUGAAGAAACCCGAAGUGUCUUUACCAGUCGGGUUGCUUUGACUGGCCAAGGUUUUGACAAAACCUGCUUAGUUCCCUCUGGGGGACACGAAUGAGAGAUCUCAGACACCUUCACUGCGAAGCCAAGGACAUUUCUGUAUAAUCAACGGAUGAAAGGAUUUCCUCAGACUCGCUUUUCUCCCAUUUUCCUUGAGGAUUAAUCCAGCAGAAUCCACAGUUCCGGUGGAGACUGCAAGGCAUACAAUGUGGCAGAAGCCUAGAGCGCCUUCGGAAUUGCUCUGGACCCUGCCUUUAGCAUAGAGGACUCUGUCGCUCAUGCCACUCCCCUCCCCUGCCCCCAACUCUCUCCUGUCUUUGACUGGUUCUCGUUUUCCCGGUGAAGUUGUUUCCAGACUGUCCCCUGGAGCUAUAAGUGGAUCGGCAGUGAUGAGAGACUAGGCGUUGGGAGAAGCACGGUGCCCUGUGCUGUGUCCUCUGCCUGCUGCAGCCGCCGACAUGAAGUGCUUUUUCCCAGUGUUGAGCUGUCUGGCUGUGCUGGGUGCGGUGUCAGCGCAGCGACAGGUCACCGUCCAGGAAGGACCCUUGUACCGCACAGAGGGCUCCCACAUCACCAUUUGGUGCAAUGUGAGUGGCUACCAGGGUCCCUCUGAGCAGAACUUCCAGUGGUCCAUUUACCUGCCCUCCGCCCCUGAGCGUGAAGUGCAAAUUGUGAGCACGGUGGACUCCUCCUUCCCUUACGCUAUCUACACCCAACGAGUCCUAGGUGGGAAGAUCUACGUGGAGAGAAUUCAGGGGAACUCGGUCUUACUUCACAUCACAGAGCUGCAAGCCCGGGAUGCGGGGGAGUAUGAAUGUCACACCCCCAACACUGAUGAGCGCUACUUUGGAAGUUACAGUGCCAAGAUGAACCUAGUGGUGAUCCCAGAUUCCCUGCAGACCACAGCUGUCCCCCAAACUCUGCACAAAGUGGAACAGGACCCCCUGGAGCUCAGUUGUGAAGUGGCCACUGAGAGCGACCAGCACAGCCACCUCUCAGUAUCCUGGCUUCGGCGGAAGGGUGGCGAGAAGCCUGUGGAGGUCAUUGCCCUGAGUCGAGACUUCGUCCUACACUCCAGCAGCGAAUAUGCCCAGAGGCAGAGCCUGGGGGAGGUGCGGCUGGACAAGCUGGGGAGAACCACCUUCCGCCUCACCAUCUUCCACCUGCAGCCUUCUGACCAGGGCGAGUUCUACUGUGAGGCUGCCGAGUGGAUCCAGGAUCCAGAUGGCUCUUGGUAUGCCAUGACCAGGAAGCGCUCUGAGGGUGCUGUCGUCAACAUCCAGCCUACCGACAAAGAGUUUACUGUGCGUCUGGAGACCGAUAAGAGGCUGCACACAGUGGGCGAGCCAGUGGAGUUCAGAUGUAUCCUAGAGGCUCAGAACAUUCCCGACCGGUACUUUGCCGUCUCCUGGGCCUUCAACAGCUCACUCAUCGCCACCAUGGGACCUAAUGCUGUGCCGGUCCUCAACAGUGAAUUUGCCCACCGUGAAGCCAAAGGACAGCUUAAAGUGGCCAAAGAGAGUGACGGCGUCUUUGUGCUGAAGAUAUACCACCUCCGCCAGGAAGACAGUGGCAAAUACAACUGCCGGGUGACGGAGCGAGAGAAGACUGUCACCGGCGAGUUCAUCGACAAGGAAAGCAAGCGUCCCAAGAACAUCCCUAUUGUCGUCCUUCCUCUCACAGAUAACUGGGUAGUUAAAGUCCCCCAGCAGCACCAGAUCCUGCCCCAAGGCCACUUGGAAAGCAGCAUCUCCGUGGAGGUGGCCAGUAAUGCCAGCGUCAUCCUCGAGGGUGAGGACCUGCACUUCUCCUGUAGUGUCCGCACAGUGGGCAGAUUGCAGGGCCGCUUCUCUGUCAUCUGGCAGCUUGUGGAUAGGCAGAACCGCCGCAGCAACGUCAUGUGGCUGGACCGGGAUGGCACCGUGCAGCCAGGCUCAUCCUACUGGGAGCGCAGCAGCUUUGGGGGCAUCCAGAUGGAGCAGGUGCAGCCCAACUCCUUCAGCCUGGGCAUCUUCAACAGCAGGAAGGAAGACGAGGGCCAGUACGAAUGCCAUGUGACGGAGUGGGUGCGGGCCGUGGAUGGAGAGUGGCAGAUUGUGGGAGAGCGCCGCGCCAGCACACUAGUCUCCAUCACAGCCCUUGAAAUGGGCUUUGCAGUCACAGCCAUCUCCCGGACGCCAGGGGUGACCUACAGCGACUCCUUUGACUUGCAAUGCAUCAUCAAACCCCAUUACCCUUCCCGAGUCCCCGUGUCAGUGACAUGGCGGUUCCAGCCAGUAGGCACGGUUGAGUUCCAUGAUCUGGUGACCUUCACUCGGGAUGGAGGGGUUCAAUGGGGAGACAGGUCAUCCACCUUCCGAACUCGGACUGCCAUUGAGAAGGCUGAGUCCAGCAACAAUGUCCGCCUGAGCAUCAGUCGGGCCAGUGACACAGAGGCAGGCAAGUACCAGUGUGUGGCAGAGCUGUGGCGGAGGAACUACAACAACACCUGGACAAGGCUGGCGGAGAGGACCUCCAACCUGCUGGAGAUUCGGGUGCUGCAGCCAGUGACAAAGCUUCAGGUGAGCAAGUCAAAGAGAACGCUCACCCUGGUGGAAAACCGGCCAAUUCAGCUGAACUGCUCAGUUAAGUCCCAGACCAGCCAGAACUCCCACUUCGCAGUGCUGUGGUAUGUCCACAAGCCCUCGGAUGCAGACGGCAAGCUCAUUCUCAAGACCACGCACAGCUCAGCCUUUGAGUAUGGAACCUAUGCCGAGGAGGAGGGCCUGCGAGGCCGGCUGCAGUUCGAGAGGCAUGCUUCCGGGGGCCUGUUCAGCCUCACUGUGCAGAGAGCCGAGGUCAGCGACAGCGGUAGCUACUACUGCCACGUGGAGGAAUGGCUGCUGAGCCCCAACUAUGCCUGGUACAAGCUGGCCGAGGAGGUUUCGGGGCGCACAGAGGUCACCGUGAAGCAGCCAGACAGCCGCCUGAAGCUCAGCCAAGCCCAGGGGAACCUGUCUAUUCUGGAGACGCGGCAGAUUCAGCUGGAGUGUGUGGUCCUGAACCGUACCAGCAUGGCCUCCCAGCUCAUGGUGGAAUGGUUUGUAUGGAAGCCCAACCACCCAGAGCGGGAAAUAGUGGCUCACCUGAGCCGAGACGCUACCUUCCACUAUGGUGAACAGGCCGCCAAGAACAACCUGAAGGGGCGUCUACACCUGGAGAGCCCGUCUCCUGGCGUGUACAGGCUCUUCAUCCAGAAUGUGGCGGUCCAGGACAGUGGGACCUACAGCUGCCGAGUAGAGGAGUGGCUGCCCAGCCCCAGUGGCAUGUGGUACAGACGGGCUGAGGACACGGCUGGGCAGACAGUCGUCACAGUCGUGCGACCUGAUGCUGCCCUGCAGGUGGACACAGUGGUCCCCAAUGCCACAGUGUCUGAAAAGGCAGCCUUUCAACUGGACUGCAGCAUUCUGUCUCGGUCAAGCCAGGACUCCCGCUUUGCUGUGGCCUGGUAUUCCCUAAGGACUAAAGAUGGAGGGAGAAGAGGCAGCCUUGGCAUUGAAGAGCAGGUGGAGGAGGAGGUGGUAUCGGAAGAGGAGGACAGUGAAGAUGAAACAGAGAGGAUGGUCCUGCUGAGCGUGGGUCCUGAUGCUGUCUUUGGUCCCGAAGGCAGCCCUUGGGAGGGCAGGCUGCGUUUCCAGAGGCUCUCGCCCCUGUUGUACCGGCUCACGGUGCUUGAGGCAAGUCCCCAUGACACAGGCAACUACUCCUGCCACGUGGAGGAGUGGCUGCCCAGCCCUCAGAAGGAAUGGUACCGGCUCACAGAGGAGGAGUCGGCCCCCAUCGGCAUCCGGGUUCUGGACACAAGUUCCACCCUGCAGUCGCUCAUCUGCUCCAACGAUGCACUCUUCUACUUUGUCUUCUUCUACCCUUUCCCCAUCUUUGGCAUCCUCAUCAUCACCAUUCUGCUGGUGCGUUUCAAAAGCCGGAACUCCAGCAAGAACUCAGAGGGGAAGAAUGGGGUGCCCCUGUUGUGGAUCAAGGAGCCGCAUCUCAACUACUCUCCGACUUGCCUGGAGCCCCCUGUGCUCAGCAUCCAUCCUGGAGCCAUAGACUAAGGAGGGUGGCCCCCAGCAGACGGUGCCCAUGGCAGGGCCGGGUCCGAGGAGCACCCGAACUCUGCAGUUUCUCUGCAGGAACCAGUCAGACCUGGAAUGUAUUGGAAGAUCCAGUCAUAGAGAUGACUGCCUCCAGGCAGCAGUCCUGGUUAGCUGUUCGCACCCAGGUGUUGCGAUCCCAACAUCCUAGGUUUCUAGUUUUUGGUUUUGGUAAUGUAGUGCGUAGCUCCAGGUGCCGCAUCUACUCGCCAGUCUGUGUAGUGUUUUCAGAUCGGUGCUACGGGGUUUCCUGUUCUGUGUAAUGUACUCUUUAAAGCCCCUUUGGUCCUCUCCGUGUGGAUCUCAUAAUGUUGUGGAAGGGUUUCUCUCACAACUGAAAAGCAAGAGGAAGACGGCUUUAUAGUAACAAGAAAUCUCUUCCAAGACAUUUUUGUUUUUGCACAUUUGAAAAUGCCACCCGUGGAUCAAAAUACACCCAAACAUUUUUUUUUUACUUUCUUAGCAAGACUUGAAAAAAUAUGUGUAGCGUGGGCCCAAUUUGUAUCUUAUCUUUUCCCUCAGCUGGAGUUGUUGGAGCCACUUUCUAGUCAAGAUGAAAGCAUUGAAUUUUGCUUCAAAGAACUGCACAUGCGCAGAAGAAACCCUGCGGAAUCCGGUUAGGAUUAGAUGAUGUCCAGUCAGCCAAUCUGCCAGGGAGGUGAAAGGGGAUCCUGUCCUUGCCCAAAGGAAAAAAAAGUAAAGAAAAAAGCAAGGCAACCUGGAGCAUGGGUGGAGGGCUCCAGAAGGCGCCCAGUGUCUGAGGUUUACGAUUGUGAUUGUUGUGGCCAAAGCCAGUGAUUGGGGGUGGGGGGAAGAAGCUGCCUGUUGGCUUGACUGACACCCUGAGCAGGUAGCUUCCUCUGCAGGUGCUUUGCCAAAUCUUAAAGGGGACGUGUCCAGUGAGCCUGGAAGGGGCUUCCCUGAGUGGAAGAACGCCCACUGUGCAUGGCCCGUGGAGGGUGCUGAGCUAUCAUACUGAAUGUGGCCAGGGGGAGGGGAUGUCUCUAGAGCCUGAUGUUGGAGUGGCUGGAGGAAUUCUUAUCUCUCUGUCUUCCUUCCAGGAGGCGAUGAAGUCUUCCUUGUCAAUCACUGUUCUCUCCCCAAAUAUCACUGCUAUGGAGCACAGGUGUUGAGUCAGGGGUUGUCCCUUUCCUUUGUUAGAGAGAGAGAGAGAGAGAGACAGACAGACAGACAGACAGACAGAGACAGAGACAGACAGUUAGGUUGUGUGGGUGGCUUUUAAUUUUCAGCCCACAAUUCCAAAAUCCACUGCUUCCGCUCGGUCAUACGCUUAGCCGCCCUAGAGCCUCGUCAAUUGCAAAUCCUCCCUUUGCCUUUUGCUCACUCUGAAGAUCUUGUGAAGCCUGCCCCCUGUCCCCCAUCCUCAGAGGCCAUACCUUCCCCUGGGAAUUUGCAACCUGAAUUCCAAGAUAGAACCCCUUGGGAAAAGGCACCCAAGAUUGUGGAAGUAAACUUAACAAGAACAGACAGACAACACUGGAACUUCAGGACGCUGGGCCAUGUGGUUACAGGUCCUUUUCAGGGGGUCUGCUGGGUGUAGGCCGAGUUCGGGGAGGGGGAAGACAAACUUUCCUCUCCCCUUCUGGUCCUCUCGGAGAAGUUUCUAGGCACCACCACCUUAAUCCCUUGGUUGCCUACCCUGCUAUUCUCAUUUAUGCUGCACCAACACAUCAGAGGGACCAGAUUGCUCAGUCACCAAGAAAGAAUGUCUUUUGUUCUGUCCCUUCCUUUCAUGGGUGUGGGCUCUUGGUGGGACUCUUGGUGGGUAAUUGCUGACUCCUGGUUUUUAGGCUGAGUCAACAAGGGAGGAUUGACUCUGAAUGGAAAGACGUCAGAUCAGUUCUGCUGCAGCAGGACAUUUGCAAGGACUAAAGAAACCCAAGUCAGUAUUUUAACAACUGCUUUUUGCCUGUAUGUUCUGCAGGGCUGGGGAAAGCAAUUAAAGGUUGAACUCUGGGCCUUCUGUGGAAAAAAAAAAAAAAAAAAAAACACAACCAACCCGGGGGCCUCUGUGGCCGGUUCUGUGGACAGGUGUUGUCAGAUGAAUGGUGAUGGUGCCCUCCAGUGGCUUGAAGACCUCACUGCACAUUGUCUGCCGGGGCUCUGGUCUUCUGAGUUCAGAGAGAAAAGGACUCAACAGAGACUCCUGACACCUGUCCGCUCCACUGUGCUAGGCAUGUCCCAGGACACUAUACGACCACACCCUCUCUCACCGGGGUGUUUCUGUAGCAAGUUUUCAUAUUCGUUUUAAACAAUGGUUUCUCUGCAUUCAUUGUUGGAGAGAGAGACUGUCCGUGCAUGAAGUAGAGAGCUGUUGGGUUUUUUUGUUUUCUUUUUUAAGGAGAAACUAUUUGUAAGCCGCUGCACUAAGACAUUUUAUAUACACUGCAGAGACUGUAGUAAACUAUGUUGACAGUACGCUGUUUACAUUUCCUGGAGUCUGACACCCUCUCGCCCCUCACCUCCAGCCCUGGGACUGCACAGUGGGUGGCCUGGAGCUCUGCCCUUGGCACUGAUGUCCCAGACUCAAGUUUUACAGCUGUACCUUUUCUAUGCAUGCCCUCGCCCAGUCUAAAUUAUGUUUUUGUACAAAUGAUAAAAAAAACUUUCUCAAGA